AUGUUUUCAAAAACUCUUUGUUUUGGUCAUUUCCUUAACCUUCCCGAUUUUAAAGUUCAACCCCAAGUGUUUCAUGGGUUGUUGCUCCGGGAGGUUCAGCAACCUAAUGAUGCUGAGUUGUGGGUAAUGAUACGCGGUGUUAGGCUUAGGUUUAGCAUUGAGGAAUUUGCAUUGAUUACUGGGUUAGACUGUGAAGGUGACUGUAGUGUCUUAGAUUUUAAGCAAGAGGUUAAUAGUCUUUGUGAAAGAUAUUGGCCAACUUCGUCCUCUAUCACUAAGGAAUCUGUUAGGGAAUGUUUUACCACCAAGAGGUGGGGUGAUUCUGAUGAGGAUGCUGUGAAGUUGGCAGUUUUGUAUUUCGUGGAGUGGUUCUUGCUUAGUGGCACUAAGCAUAAAAAUGUACCCAAGUCUAUUUUAGAUGUUGUAGAUAGUGGGAGGUACAAUGAAUUUGCUUGGGGCCGGAGUUCUUUUGAAUUGACUAUUUCCUCAUUGAAGGGUAAGCUUGAUAGUUGGGUUGAGGGGGUUAGGAAGGCAAGGAGUUCGGGAAAGAGGCCGAGUGUUUUUUACACUUUGAUUGGUUGUCCUCAUGUUCUUCAAGUUUGGUUCUACGAGUGUUGUAAGUACAUGAAAGGUAAGUACUGCCAAAAGGAAAGCUCUCGUAUUCCAAGGAUCACUCAGUGGACAUGCAAUAGUCAACCUACUUUCAAAGUUUUGAAGACUACUAUCUUUGAUGUUUCCAAAGAUAAGCUGCAACUUUCAAAUAUGAGGCCCACGGCUGGUGAGUUCAAAGCUUUGGCGAAAAGCCAAGCUGUUGCUCGCAGUGACAUUUCUGUCAAGCUUGAUGCCUUUUCUGAGAAAUUUCAUGGGUUGGAGGUCAAGAUCGAUUCGUUGCAUACUUCCCAACAGAAGAUUUCAUCUGAUUCGGUUGAGUUGAAAGAGUUUGUGUCUGCACAGUUUGUUUCUUUUGGUGCUCAGAUGGCUUCAAUGCAGACACAGUUUUCUACUGUUUUUGCCGAUUCCUAUGCCAAGGAAAAAGGCAGUGACUCUUCCAAUGAUGAUGAUGGAGGUGGUGAUGAAGCAGAUUUUGAUUUAAAUGAAUCUGAAGAAACUGAUGAAAAUGAAGAAGAGAAUGUUAUGGGUGAUGAGGAAGGGGAGGGUAGUGAAGGUGAAGAGAAGGAUGGUCAAGCCGAUGAAGAUUCUGACUCAAAAGAAAAAAAUGAUAAUGGCAGUGAUGAUGAUGCCACUGAUAGUGAGGAGAAGGUAGAUAAGUAGACAAUGUAACUAGGUUUUAGUUACUUUGUGUGGUUUAUUUUGUUGUAAGUCCGUUUUAGGUAGUGCUCUUGUAAUUCUAUGUUAUUGUUAUGUCUCUUGUUAUGUUUUAUUUUUCAGAAAUUUGCAACUAUUUUCAGACUAUUUAUUUGUAUUUAUUAUGUUAUUUAUAUGGCUGUGUUUGUA